AUGUAUUUUAUUUUUAAAGAUUUAUCCGAACGUUUCAAAAAUAUGACUUUAAAUGGCGAAAAAUCUGAUGAUUUAAAGCAAGACUCACUAAAACGUUGGAUGAAAGGAUGUGAAAAGCUCCAACCAGAUUCUAAGCUCAAAAAAACCACUAAUAUUUACGAGAGUACUGCUCGAGUUUACUCUACCGUUUUAUUAAAAGUAAAUCCCUGGGAGCAGCUUCAUUAUUACAAAGUCCAAAUUUUAAAACACAAAACUGAAAAUAAGUUCUGGUUGUUCCGCACUUGGGGAACAAUUAUUACUCCUCACGGAGAUGAUUUGCUUCGAGAAUUGCCAAAAAAAGUUUGCAUUCGUAAAUAUAGAUGGCUUGUAAAAUCUAGACUAAAAAGAGACUUUGUAACUUUGGAUAUUGAGCAAGGCUCUACUUUAAAUCUUGAAGACAGCUUUGAAAGUAAACUCAUCCCAUCAGUACAAAAUUUAAUGAAAUUAAUCUUCAAUACUGAAAACAUCCGCAAAGUAAUGCAAGAUUUUAAUUUAGACACUAAUAGAUUAAGACCCGGACAAUUAUCAAACAAAAAAAUCCGACAAGCUUAUGCAAAAUUGAAGAUGAUUUUGCAAGCAAUAAGUAUUGUUAAUGAUAAAGCUGAUGAUAAAGUUGUUAUAAUUAAUGAAGCUUCAGCUAAAUUUUAUUCUUGCAUUCCUCACUUACCCGGCAAAAUUCGACUUUUGAAUGAUCGAAAAAUAAUCCAGGAAAAAUUGGACAUGCUUGAUGAGUUGAGUGAGAUUUAUUUGGCUGAUAAAAUUAUGAACUACAGAACUGGAGAAAUUUGCAAUGUUCUGGAUAUUUAUUACAGUAAAUUAAAGACGGACAUUAAAGAAUUGAGCGUUAAUGCCAAAGAAUUUGAAAUAAUUCAACAAUAUAUUGAAAAGACUCAUUCUUUUGUUCAUAAUAAAUAUGAAAUUGAGGUCAAAAAGAUUUUUGUUGUUAACAGAGCUGGAGAAGCUCAGAGAUUUAAUAAUCGUACUAGAGGAAUUGGCAACAGAAUGUUGCUCUGGCAUGGAACUGCAGUUACAAAUAUUUCCAGUAUUUUAUUGAAAGGAUUGCGCGUUCCGAAGAAAAGUUUUAGUUCUACGAGCCACAUAUUUGGGCGCGGAAUUUAUUUUGCAGAUGUAGUUUCCAAAUCUGCUAAUUUUUGCAGAGUUAAAGGUCAAAACUCCACUGUACUCUUAUUGCUCUGCGAGGUAGCCUUAGGAAGUAUGGAAGAAAAGUAUGAGCCAGAUAAUAAUCUCGUUUUGCCAAAGAAAAAACAUUCAGUAUUCGCUCGGGGGCAAUAUGGACCAAAUUGUGAUGACUGCACUGAAAUUUCUCCUGGUGUUAAAGUUCCCUAUGGGAAAUUGGUAGAACAAAAAUUGAGCGAGAAGUCUAAAUUGAAGCUUAUUCAUAAUGAGUAUGUUGUUUAUGAUCCAGCUCAGAUUAAAAUUAAGUAUUUGGUUCAGAUUAAAUUUAACAACGCGCCUCCUCAAGCGGUUAUUUAA